AUGGACGGCGAGAUCCCUCUCCCUCCGCCGCGGCGAAUCCGUCACCGCUCACCCGCGCACGCGGUCAACCCCUCGGCACCAGGCACAGGCCCAACCCCUGCAAUCGCCUCGUUCCACAAAUCGCAGCGCCUAUCCCGCUUUGACGAUCGCUCCAGCCAGCCAUCUAGUGACCCCGCGCUCUUUUCCAGCGAUGACAUCCCCGCGUCUGGCUUGGAGAACUAUCAUGCGCCUGUGUCUGGCGCGGGCCGGAAACGGCGGUAUCGUGGGACUUGGUGGGGGGAACAGGUGAUUGAUCCGAAGCGCAAGCGUGGGGAAUUUAAGGAUAAGAGAAAUGUCGAUAGUGGUGUCUGGAUGGGGAGUGAUGAGUCUGUUGCGGAGUCGCUUUUGCCGUCGGAGGAUGGCUCAGCGUGGGGAGACGAUUUGCGCAAGUCGGUGCUUGAUCCGAGGAAGUCAGGAAACUCGACUCCUCUGCUUAUCGGGACCGAGAAUGCUUCUGCGCAGAUGAAAGGUGUGGUUAAGAGACCUGAGGAGUCGGAGGAGCAGCGGUUUGCGAGGGAGGUUGUUAAUGAUUGCCUUGAUAAAGGACAGGAGAGCAUUGAUCUUGGCGACUUUCAUCUGAAAGCCAUACCCUCUGGUCUAUUGCGACCUCUGCAGCAUCUAACGAAGCUUCCCUCAGUCAAAGAAGCCCCAGUCUCUGAAAAUGUCUUCACGUCUUUGCAGCCAUUCCUUCGAAUCUUCCUUCCCAACAACUCCCUCUCAACCUUGCACAACGACCUCUUCGAACUCAGCAAUCUCAAGGUCCUUAGCUUGCGGAACAACAAGCUAACCGAACUUCCAUCUACUAUUCGCCGAUUGACAGCCUUGCAAGUGCUGAAUCUCUCAGUCAACCGACUGACCUGCCUCCCGUGGGAACUUAUAAAGCUCAUGCAAAAAGGCGAACUGAAGCACCUGACCGUACGGCCAAACUCAUUCCUCCCAAUCGAGGAAGCCCAGAUCGCCGAAUGGCACCACAACGCGACUAAAAGGCAGACAGAAGAGCCCGAGGAAGAAUUUCUAUCUAGCCAACUCCAAUUCAACCACGACGAAUCUUCAACCAUCCGCAAGCCCUUCUGGGACCCAAUCCACUCAGAGAGUCCACUCACCAACCCCUCCAUAAAUGCCGCCCCAUCUCUCCGCGAACUCUCUCUCCGCACCGUGAGCAAGCUCCCCUACCUCGAGCAAGCCACAGACGAAGAACUAGCCGAGUACCCGGCCCUCCUCGUGCCUCUCCUCCGCCAAGCAAGAGAAGUGCGCGCAGCAGGCGGACAGCCCUGCUCUGUAUGCGAUCGUGAAUUCGUGAUCCCCCGCACAGAAUGGCUGGAAUGGUGGGAUAUUACACCAUGCGAGAACGGUAUGAAAAUGCCGCGUCAUUCUGGCGAGAAACUUCGGCCUUUGCCAUUCCGUCGGCUUGGGUGUAGUUUGUCCUGUGUUCCCGGAUCACAGUGA